AUGGAGGAUGUUCGUAGUCUGAGUAUUAUAGGCCAGCGUACUUUCGACGCGGACUCCUUUGGUUAUGAUCGCUUAGGCGAGAUUGCCCAGGUUGCUGAGCGGGCGUUGUCCGUCAAUGCAACAAAUGUUGUACGGCACGAUCUCGAUAGGCAUGUUGAGGUUCAUGACAUUUUGAGUCAAGAACUUGCACCUGUAGACCCGACCCAGCAACAUCCACCACCCAGACCUCCGAGGCGUUCGCGCAGGUCUCAGCGUGGGCGUGGGGGGCAAGAGACAAUCACAACAUCUCAGCCACAUCAGUCCUCCCAGCAUGAGCAGUCUCAUAUUCCCUUCACUGGCGGUUCAUCCCAUCAGUCUCCACAUCAGUCUCCACUCCAUUCUCGACAGCAUUCAGCCCAUCAGUCUCCACAUCAUUCAUCCCAUCAGUCUCCACAUCAUUCUUCGCCGACCCAUCGUGCGUUUUACCGUCCGAUUAUGUCUCCCAAAGACCAAGAAUCAAUUUUUCCUUCACUCAGUUUUCCUCCCCUCAGACUUCUCAGCCAGAGUUCGCUAGAUGGCCAGUUGAUACAUUACACGAGUAACUUUCUUUCGAGUAUGUUCGAGGUGUUGCGGGUCGACAUCAGUGAUAACCCACUGAGGCCGAGAGUGACGAAGGAGCCCGAUAGAUUGACUUAUAGCCUUUUCGGGCUAAAAGCCCAAGAAGAAGUAGGGUACUAG